CGGCCGCGCUCGGGGGGUGCGCGGCGGAGGCGGCGGCGGCGCGGCGCGUGAGGGGCCGCCUCGGUCCGAGUGGGCGCCGCCAAUAUGUCGGAUACCAAGGUAAAAGUUGCCGUCCGGGUCCGGCCCAUGAACCGAAGAGAACUGGAACUGAACACCAAAUGCGUGGUGGAGAUGGAAGGGAAUCAAACGGUCCUGCACCCUCCUCCUUCCAACACCAAACAGGGAGAAAGUCCUGGCGGCUAGAAGUCUGAAAUGAAGGUGUGGGUUGGGCUGGUUUCUUCCGAGGCCUCUCUCCUUGGCUGUAAACGGCUGUCCUCUCUCCUGUGUCUUUACAUGGUCAUCCCUCUGUGCGCGCUCUAAGCUCUUUUCUUAUCAAGACACCUGUCAUAUUGGAUUAGGUUCUACCCUAACAACUUUAUUGUAACUUAAUUACCUCUUUAAAGACAAAUGAUCUGAGGUACUGGGGUUAGGACUUACUUCAACAUAUGAAUGGGGGGUAGCAGGGGAACCACUUAAGCACAUAACAGCUAAGAUGCUUUUAGGUAAUUAGGGUUUCCCCAGAAGGUCACGGUCUUUGAUUUGAGAUUUGAAUGUCCUUGACGUCUCUUUCUUUAAUAUAAUUAGA